UAGUGAAUCUGUAUGCAUCCAUCCCUCUCACGCUUUGAUUCUCCAGAGUGGGAAAUGAGUAUGAGUCUUGAAGAAGUGGAUUUCCAGUGAGCUGUUCUGACUCUCUCUGAUUUUUUGAAAACUGUUUUGUUGACAUGCUCCCAGUUGAACAAUAAGUGUUUCUGACCAAUUCAAUGACAACCUGAGCAGACAAAAUGUCUCAGGCACCUUUGCUGGCAGCGAAUGCAAUGUUAUAUCCUUUUGCAAAUGCUACCGAGCAUCUGACUUCUAUCGCCAACAAUGAACCUGUAGUGGAGGAAACAGGGUCUGGAGAUGCCCCUCUUGGGCUGGAAAUACUCUGCAUGAUUUACAUUACGUAUGCCACCAUCAUUUCAGUGGGUCUUCUUGGAAAUGUGAUCCUCAUUAAAGUCUUUUUCAAGAUCAAGGCAAUGCAGACAGUUCCAAAUAUUUUCAUCACUAGCCUGGCUUUUGGGGAUUUGCUGCUGCUGCUGACCUGUGUGCCGGUAGAUGCUGCUUGCUACAUCGUAGAUACCUGGCUGUUUGGAAGCAUUGGCUGCAAGCUCCUGUCGUUUAUCCAGCGAACUUCUGUAGGAGUGUCAGUAUUUACUUUGACUGUGCUCAGUGCAGACAGGUACAAGGCCAUUGUCAAACCCUUGGAACUGCAGAGGGCUGAUGCAGUUCUAAAGACCUGCUUCAAAGCUGCCUGUGUCUGGAUCACCUCAAUGUUGUUGGCCGUCCCGGAAGCUGUGUCUUCAGAUGUAUACGCCUUCCAUAUCCCAGAGAAAAACAGCUCCUUUGAAACCUGCGCGCCUUACCCGGUGUCUGAAAGAAUCCUACAAGAAGCUCAUUCUCUAGUUUGCUUCUUGAUGUUCUAUAUUAUACCGCUAGCAAUUAUUUCUGUCUAUUAUUUUCUUAUCGCCAAAACGCUAUACAAAAGCACAUCUAACAUGCCAGCAGAAGAGCACAGCCAUGCUCGUAAGCAGAUUGAAUCACGCAAGAGAGUUGCCAAGACUGUGCUGGUUUUAGUUGGCUUGUUUGCCUUCUGCUGGCUUCCUAAUCACAUCCUGUACCUGUAUCGCUCAUUCACCUACCACACUUCCAUUGACACAUCUGCCUUCCACCUCGUUGCUACUAUAUUCUCCCGGGCUUUGGCCUUCAGCAAUUCUUGCGUCAACCCCUUCGCUCUCUACUGGCUGAGCAAAAGUUUCCGACAAUACUUCAAGAAGGAAGUUCUAUGUUGCAAAAGAAAAGUUCCCAAACAACAAGCCAGAGUUGCCCAGAGUAUUACUCCUACAAGGGCAAUGUCAGUUACAGGCUCAGAAAUCAGUGUGACUUUGCUCACUGAUUAUAGUAUCACAAAAGAAGAGGAGAGUGUUUAAUUUUUCCCAGUUUUGGGCAUAUUGUGUAAAAAAAAAAUCCGUUAGCUAUGAAGCACGUCAUGAUCUAGAAAGGAGUUGCACCAGCAUUUCUUUUUAAUACAAGCGAUAAAACUUCAGUAGAGCACUUUCUGCCUCAUCCUACAGCAUUUACACCCAGCCACGCAAAGAAAGAUGAUGCCGGAGAUGACACCAGUCUGUCCUGCAUGUACAGGCUUUCUCCAUCAAGCUGCUGCUUCAGUUCUCAGUAACACCCUGGAAAUAUUUUUGCAUCUCUUCUGCCAUUACAGAGAUAAGACAGAUCUGUCAUAACAGAGAAACCCAUGAGCCUGAACAUUGAACAGCUCUGAGAUCACUGAAUCUGAGGGGGUGGGAGGAGGGAGAGUUGUAUUAUUAAACUGAACUGAUCUUCAGUUUUGUGCACUUACUUUGGAGUCAGAUCCAUUAAAUUGAGUGGAACGUAUUUCCAGAUGGGACCCCAUGACAUUUGGGUUCAAAGACUUGGAACUAAGAUGGCUGGUAAAACUUUGGUGGUAUACAUACAACAGAUCUUAUUAUGUGGUAGAAAUAUGACACAGGGAUGUUCAUACUGACCCGCUCCGUUAAAAUCAGAUUUUUUUUAUCUUUGUUCCUUUCAUAGCAACAGACAUUUCCACUACAAUAUUAUACCUGUUUGCUUUAUGUAAGUCUCCUCUUGUAAUUUAUUCGACUUUUCUAACCAUCCUGUAAGAAGCUAAUUAGGUUUGGGGAUUUGUUGGUGUUUAAAUUUGGCCAUAGCUGUGCACAGUUAUAUGUGUGCCUCUUAAAUAUUUGCUUUGCAGCAUUGACAGCGCAAGAUACAACAGGGCUGUUAACAGGCAGAACAUAUCGAAGAAAAAAAUGUUUCAAGUAUUUCCACACAUUCUUAAUGUGAUCAGUGUGAAAGUUCAUUGGGAUUUUAAAUCCAUAUUUUUUUAAAAAUGAAGCCUCCCCCUCCCCUUCCAUACUUACUACCACACUGGUGUAGGAAUUGCUGAUUUGGAACUGCCAAGGCACACAUCAUCAUAGAAUUUAAUUAACUAUUGUGCAGAGAUGUAGCUCUGUGGGGGUGGGAUGCGGCGAACUGGGCACACGCCCCUGUGGGGGUGUGGCGAGGACAUUCCGGGGGCGUUCCAGGGCAGGGCAGAGGACGCACCAGUGCACCGGGCACUUUCCCCCCUUGCUAUGCCUCUGCUGUGCAGUGUUCAGGUGAGGUUGCUCCUAGUUCAUCCUGCAUGCAAUGUGGGGAACAAGACGUCAACAGAAGGGAGCAGCUCUGAAGGACCCUCAGUUCUCCACACCAAAGUUAACAAUCUGCCUUUUCCCAUUACAUUUCUUUCCAGUUCAGUUCUCUUAAAUAAGUGUUGCUCUUCUGCUGCUUUUUUACUGAUGUUUUUUAAUUGAAACUGCGAGUCUACCAGCCUAUCUACGUGUCAUCUGAGCUGGCUUUUUAAUUUCCUGUACUGAAUUGCUUUCCUUGUCUCUAUUCUGUGAUUUAAAGCUGCUCGUUUAAUAAAGUUAGCACUUGCAACCCA